AUGAGCAGGGUGGAGCCGGCCCGUGCCGAGUCGAUUGCAUUGCCGAAAGAUGAUGAGGUCCAGUCGCCCGAGCCCGCGGCAUUCCACGUCGUCGCCUUGCCUGAAGCGAGGCAUACAAAUGGCCGUCGAGCGUCGUUCUUGACGGAGACAAUUUUGUCGUCGCAGGCUCCUCCGGUCGAACCAGCCCACACGAAUCGCAUACUCACAAAUGUCCUGAAAAAGCUCGCGAGCCACAGCGACACGACGGGGCCCGAGACCAAGUCCAAGUAUCGCGCGUUGAUCCAAAAAGCUGCCCAGCGGACGAUCAUGAUUGUGCGUGCCAAGCACUCGGCCCAGACCGUGCAAAAGAUCACCGUCCGCUUCUCUACCCACCAGCCGACGGACCUCCCCCGUACAGUCAAGCUCCCCCUCUUGAAAGAAAAGAUUGUGUGCCACAACCGGUAUGACGAGAACCGAAAAAGCACCAAGUUGUUCCGCGACGUGUUCGAGACUGCCCCCGAGCUCGAGGCCAUUGUCAAGGACAUGUUUUGGUACAUCGUGUCGUCUGAGUUUCAAACGGGCAAACACGCGAAGCUCGAGCACGACUUUUACGACCGUGUCGCUGACAACUUUACCGCCCUCUUCAUCAAGCUCCAGAUGAACCCCGCGACAAGGGACUCAGGCGUGAUGGAGAAAUUGCCCGAUGCCAUGUCGCAGCUCCUGUUCCUGGCCCUCCACGACGCGUUCCCGAUCUCUCGAUACCUCUUCGACGACGACGUGCGCCGGAAGCUCAUCACGAUUUGUUAUUCGUGGUUUGUCGGGUUUGUACCGUCCAAGGUCUCGUGGGGACACUGGUUGCCGGAGCUGUCCAUGCAAUCGCAGCGCAAGUCGGCAGCGCUCAACGAGUUUCCUGCCCUUCGUAAUCGCGUGCGGCGCGUCGAGCGCCUGGAAAAGAUCAAAACCAUCGAGAUCCAAAACCACCAGAAGAACAUCAAGCUCAAAAACGAGGACGAAGACGAUGCCAAGCAACACGCGGGCCUGUCGUCGAACCAAGAGAGCGUCACCAACGCAUCGAAACGUGCUGACGACUGCGGGGAUGCAACAGCCAAGUGCCACCAGCGCCAGUUGCCAGUCGUGUCGCAGCGACUGAAAUCCCUCGAACGCGCCACGUACAGUCUGCAGAACUCGCCUCUCAUCACAACGUUCUUGAAGCGGCACAAUCUUGAGCACAAUGCCAAGGGACUCAACGUUGACCUGCGCCUUACGAACGACGCCGACCACCUACUGGGCAAACAAGAAGCACUCCAUCAAAAGGGAGCCCCGUUGCAGCGGAAACGGCCUGUGCUUGAUGCUAAUUCUUACGUCGACCUCGUUUCGAAGUUUGAGGCCCAUGGAAAGGAUUUGAAAGCUCAGUACGCGUCCGAGAAGGCCGCCAUGCUGCAGCAGAACGAAGAGAGCAAGGCGCUAUACGCUGCAGCGCAAAAGCACCUGAGCGACCAGUACCACACGAUUACGUCCAGGAGUCGCGGCGUGCAUGAGCUGAGCAAUAUGUUGGUGUGCAAAUCCCAAGGCACAGACACGAUGGGCAUGCCUAAACAGCCGGGGCUAGCGCAGCAGCCUGGGCGACAUCAUCGGGGGCUAGGAACGCCACGUCGCACGAAUACAAUAGCACCGUAG